UUCUCAGUGCGCCAGAGUGGAACGGUAUAAUGAAGCCAUAUUUCCACCCAAUGUGUAGGCUUGUCUCAAGAAAUGCUUCCUCUCUGUGGGAGAGCAGUGGGUGAAGUGAGAUGAUAAAACUAAGUGGAAGGCAGUUCUUCCCAAACCCUAGAACCCGAGGCGCCUGUACCUGAGUUUUGCAUUUUGUUAGAUUAGUAGCUCAAUGGGAGACUUUAUUGGUCAUAUAUAUCCAGGCUUGUUUCUGGCCUUAUAUGGAUUGUAUCAGGCAAUAGUAGUCUCCAGAGCUAUGAUAUUCAGUGACUCUCUUCUGUAUCCUUCAUCCCUUUCUAAGAAUAAGGGAAGAUGGGCCAGGCUGUGGCAAAUAGCCCAUACAGGCUGGUUGAAGGCAGUGACUGGUGCCUUCCUCAUAGUUUAUGAGAUCACCUCUGUUGAAGGAGGAUUGAAAUUAAUGAGCAAAGAGAUGCCACCAAGGUUUAUGUUCCCCAAGCAGUGGCAGCACCUCACCAUGUUCGUCCUCCUCACCCUUGACGGUUGUACAGAAAUCGUGAGCAAGAACGUGCUGCGGCAGAGGUGGGUGGUCCUAGAAAGAGGUUCCACGGUCCUGGCCAUCUAUGUGCUCCUGCUGCUGCUGGUGUCCCACGUUAAGGAUUCAUCUGGGGUGGAGCUGCAGGUCCACUCUCUCCUCAUCUUGGUGGUGUUCCUGCUGAUGCUGGUGUUGACGGCCGAGCUGUGGGCUCCUGAGAUGUUGCACCUCUGGAUGAUAGAGACCUUCCUGUUCCUGACGAUGGGCACGUGGCUGAUGCAGGCAGGUUUCAUUCUCUUUAGACCGGUCUCUGGCUACCCGUGGGAGGAUGAUGACAUCAGUGACAUCAUGUUUGUCACCACCUUCUUCUGCUGGCAUGUCAUGAUCAAUGCCUUAUGCCUGGUGGGAGUCUAUGGUUUCUCUUCAUUGUGGCAUCAUUAUUACAGGCCCAGCUUGAGGCUGGGGGCUUCCAAGAAAGUGCUGUAUCAUGAGAGCUCUUCAGGAACACUUUACCAGCUGCUGCAGGAUGCAGAGCAGCAGGACAAGGAUGGCCAGGCUCUUCUCCCUUCAAGGAAUUCUUGCAGUGACAGGGCCUAGAACAUCUGUGCGUAUUCGCCAUUCAUCUUCCUCCUGUGGGCUCUCUUGGGCACCUGCAAUGCACCCUUUGUUUCUUGGUGAAGGUAAUGGCCCUAUGGGACAGCAGUUUGUUCCAAGUUCAUCCAAGUUGAUGAAAAGUCCCAACAAAGGAUGCUGAUGGGACUUUCUAAGAGGGAGGGAAGAAGCCAAGCCAGGGGAAGAACAUGCAACAGAAUGGCUUUCAAGGGUGGAGUCUCUGCCAGA